CUGAAAUAAACUGACUGAAAUAAAUUGCUUUAGAAUCUCUUAGUAUAAAUGAAUACUCAUUAUAAAAUAUUUUUGCCCAAAUUGUAAGGAUACGUGAAUGCUUUGCAUUUUGAUGUGGACAUUGCUUGUUUCUGCAAGAUUUCCGCAAAAAUAAUGGUGUGUUGUGUGUCAGCGUCGCGGUUGCCAUAGUAACGGCAGCCACCUUGUCUUUCACUUGAGAAAAUGUAACUCACGAAGCAUGUAUGUCGAAUCUUUUCUGGUGAAAAUCUUCUGAUCGACCUGCUAACUGCUAAAAAAAAAUUAACCCAGCACAGCAGAAACAAAUGGUAGUGAAUACGAUAAUCAGAUCAGACCCUGCCAUGGUGCAAGUAUGAACAGAUUAGACCCAGCCAUGGUGCAGGUAUGAACAGAUCGGACCCAGCCAUGGUGCAGACCUUUCCCCCCUUAGAGGAUUCUGAGUGUGAAACAAUAGAUGAUAAGGAAGUCAGAAUGCGAGCUUCAGAAAACCUUCAGUCCUUCCUAGAGGACAGGGAUAAGUCUGACAUCCUUCUGGAGCAUUUAGAGGCUCUGAAAGCUUCACACCGACAACAACUCGAGCAGAUCAAGCUGCAGCACCAGGCUGGUCUAGAGAGCCGGACUCUACAGAACUCAUUGCUCUACACAAACUUUAACACUCCACUGAAGACCAACAGACCACAGGGAAAUCUCCAUAGUGAUGAAGGCAACACCAAAAGCAGGGGAAGCAUUUACAUACCACAGAGAUCUUCCUCCACACCUGACCUGAGCUCCAAGUUGAGCCAUCACAAGCCUCUUAACGCUUCUGGAACCUUGAGAUCUACCAUGACCCAUUCACAAGAUCCCUGCAGAAAAACACACCUCUGUGCCAAAGAGCCUAAACAAGUCAGAGUUGACAAAGAAGAACUGGACUGGGAUGAGUGUCAGAAAAAGUUUCGAGUAUCACCUGUACCAGAACACAUCUUCAAGCUCCUUUAUGACGAUAUUGUACAGGAGCAGGAACGUGUGAGGAAGGAGGGACGGCAGCAGAGGAAAGAAUUCCUUUUAUCCAUUCAGAAGCCAUUUAGGUUUCACCAAAGGGAGGAGACUAGGGGCAGGCGAAAGCCAGAGACCAGUGCUGAUAAACUGAGUGAAAACAAAAAGGAUGAUGAAAAGAGGAAAUGCAUACUUAAAGCUGUCAUAGACCCAGCAAUCUCUGAAAAAUUGAAAGAAAAGGAGCACCAGAGGAAGAUCCGCAUCCAGGCCAGGGCUCAGGAGACUCUCAGGGCCUCCUCUGCCCCCAUUCAGAGCUUGAGUACCAGAGGUGAGCACCAGGUCCGUAGCUCACAGAGAACCAAGACCAAAGUACUGGCAUUCUUAGCGCAGAGUCCAUCCUUCAGACCAAAGACAAAUGCUAAGGUGCCAGACUUUGAUAAGUUGCACCAGGCCUUCCAGAAAGAGGUGAUGGAGAGAACAGAAAGAAGAGAGGUCACCCUCUGCCAGCCGUUCCAGCUACGAACAUCAGCUCUUCAACCACAUCGCAGCAGAAGAAGUACAGACAAAUCACCAAAAUAUACUGAUACGAACAUUUUGAAGAGGAGCAAUUCAUUUAGUGGCUUGACAUCAUUAUCCAGAGAUACUCUUCCAACUUAUAUGACCGAUGCUGCCAGGAAAAGGUCUAUGGCCAUAAGAAAGUCUCUGGAGCUGAGAGAGAGUAAGGAGCACCAAAGUGCAGAGUUGAUGAGACAACACAGAAUGAACUCUCAAGCCAUGAGCAGAGGAGUUGUAGCACGGGCCAAGGCCAUGGACCCCCACAGGAGUCUGAAAGAGGUCUUUCGGGAGAAACUCAAGCAGCACAGACAGGCUGAUCAAGAAAGGGUGACAGAUUAUAAAAAAGAACUGAGGGAGAUGAAAGCUCGGGUCUCAGCACGUCCUUACCUCUUUGAACAGGUGUCACAGAGAAAUGCUAUGAGCGAUGCCGAGCGCAGAUACAGAAGUACUCUAGAGCAGGAAGGACUGGAUGAAAAUUUUGUAAGAUCCACGGGAGAAACCAAUGAAAGCCAAUCAUCAGAAAAUACGGAUGCUGAUGGCAACAGUAAUAUUGGUGAUCACAACUUUGAAACUGACACUCAGCACAGAGAAAGAAGUGGGGCCAACAGCGUCCGAAGAGAGGAUGGAACAGAAGACGAGAGCGUGAAAACCAAAGGAAAAGGAGUCAGCUGAUAGUGAGCGAGCAGUUGGUAUUUGGUUAACAUAGUGUGUCAUGGUCAGAUACAAGAACACUGGCACUUUCCUAGAAUCAAUUCAGUAUUUGAGUCUUGUUGAAAAUGUGGUAAGCCAUGUCAAUCUCAGAAAUAUAAUUUUUCUUUUUCAUGGCCUGUGUUUAAAAGUUUACAUGUCAUGUUUGUAAGGGAUUUUUAUGGGAUGUGUAUGAUUCUACGUUAACAAGAUGGGUUCUGGCUGUGCAACGUGCUUAUUAAGAUGAAAAUGUCAAAGAAAAUUUGGGACUUGUGGAUCUAAAUUUGUUAGGGGGUACAGAAAGACACUAAAAAAAACUUCACAAAAAAAGAACACGAAUAUUAAAGGUUUUACAUUUGCUUGUCUUCUGUUUAUUGAGCAUUAUAUAAAUAUUUACGGCCACACAGAUGCCACUGCAUGUUUUAAAACCUGUGGUGAUGGGUCUGGAAGGUUUGUACAGUGGGAUAUUAACAAACAGUAAACAAGGGGAAGUUUGCCCAGAGAUUCAGUAAACAAACUUUCAUUCCUCCCUUCUGACAGCUGCAACAUGAAGGUGAUGAUGAUGGACAACUAUACCACUGCACUACUGUACUGUAAUUAUUACCUAUAACUGUCACAGAGGAAAGUGAUGUGAAUAAAUACAGGAAUAACACAAUUUGACAAAGUUCCUUUUAGGACAAGGCACAUCUGAAAUUCACAUUGCUGAGAUGUAAAUCUUGGGGAUGAGGUCUGGCUAUUUUGAGAACCACAGCACCACUAAAGUCAAUGUUGGUUAUUUAUCUAUCAUAGUAAAAGAAACCCUCAUGUCACUGUGCUGCCCCAGCUGCCUGCCACAUCAAAAGCUUACAGACUGACCAUAUUUACACUGAACACUCCCUCCAACCUAUUUCUAAAUGCCUUGGUGAUAUAUGUUUCAUAAAUUAAAAACAUAAAAGUUCUAGCCAAUUUAAAAAAUCUUUUGGGGUUGUUUAAAUUACUUUCCAUUGCAAUGUAAUUGGAAAUAAAUAAAUAAA